AUGAACGCACGUAACUUACGAUUGAAAACCAAACUAGAAUGGCAAAAUACACAAUAUUUGUUUAAUCCGAAAAAGAAUCGAUAUACCAAUUGUGAUGAAAACGUUAAAACAUCUUUACAACAUUAUUGGCAAAUACCAUUAAAUGAACUUCGAAUCAAACAUUCACCAAGUAAAGUAGUUAUACAACAAUACGCUUACAAACCUUCUCUUCCGGGAACCAUCACUCAUACGGAAGAACCUAAUAACCAGUUAUCACAAUUGGCAAUAAAGAAAUUAUCCGAAUUGUAUUCUACGUUAUAUAAAAAACCAGUAGAAUUUAAUAUCAUAUUAUUUAAAUAUCCUUUUUUAAGUAGCAAAAUUUUGGCACAAUAUUUAUCGAUGCAAACAAAAAAGUAUCGUAUUAGACAAAUCCGUCGAAAUUUAUUUAAGAAAGUUCCGUUAGUUUCAUUAACAAAUAGUGGAAGUGGAUUAGUCGAUGAUGGUAUCUCAACACAUUAUUUGAAUUGGUCAAAGAUGUUACGUAAUGGGAAUAAUUUUAUACCUACACAUUUAGCGGGCAUUAAAUUACAAAUUAGUGGCAGAAUGAGUUUAAGGAAAGGUGCAGCUAGAAGUGCUGUAGUUACUAAAUCUAUUGGUAGAUUAAGGUUUAACACGGUCGGUAAGAGUAUGAUUGAUUAUGCUAAGGUUGAAGGUAAAAACAUGAACGGUUCUUAUUGUAUUAAGGUUUGGUUAAGUAGUGCUACCGUGUGA